AUUAAUACAGGUCAAAAAAAGUCAUCGAAAGUUCACAAUAUUUAAAAAUUUAAAAUUUUAAUGUAUGUUGUAACAGCGAUUUAUCUAAAAGAAAUGAUAAUACGAGACCUGUUCUAUACCUGAAAACGUUCAAACCAGUGAAAUCGCUCGGAAAACGGUAUUAAAUAUCCAUUAGAUAUAUAGAAACAUUUCAAGGAGCUAAAGAACAAUAAAAUGGACUUUUGUUAUACAGUGUGCAAGAAAUCAAGAAUAAGCCAAUAAACCAUAAUUCUGACUAAAUGAGACAUCAGAAUAAGUCAAGAAACCACAAUUCUAGCUGUAUAAACUAGAAAAAUACGAUUAACUACAGUUAUCAUGCCAUAAUACUCCAAAUGCACCAUAAUUCUGAUUACCAAUGAACCAGAAUGGCCUAAAUAACAAUAAUUCUCACUUCAAAUACUCCAAAAUGAGAUAUAUAAGCGUAAUUUUCAUGCUAUCAAUAUGUGCCACAGCAUAUUUAGGAGAUUACAUGGUUUUUAAAUCCAAAUACUCAUCGAAUCAAGUCUUUCGAGCAUUUGCGGACACAUCAGUCCAUGGUGCCAUAGGAUUUUGGUCGGCCCUCCUGUUUUUCAGCUGUGGGAUCAAUGUUACCACUCAAGCAUGGCUGUAUAAUGUUUUGUUCUGCUCUGCGAUGUCUUCUCUGAUUGAAGUUGACCACUUUAUUGUGGCUAAAUCAUUUAAUCUGAAGGAUAUAGCCAACGUCAAUCGAAGAGGAGUCUUUCAUAACACAUCAUUUUGUGUUAUUGUGACGGCUAUACUAAUUAUAUUGACUCAUAUAGCCCGCAAGAUUAAUGUACAUCUCUUUACAUAUAUGUUACUGCUAGCAUUCACUAGCCAUCAUAUACGCGAUGGGAAUAGACGGGGUAUUUGGCUGUAUUCAUCUACACACACACAACCUUUAGGAAAGUGUCUAUAUAUGUUUCUUAUAUGUCUUUUACCCUGUGUAUUUGCGUACAGUUUUCACUAUACCAAACCUGUGCUUCACCAAAAAGUUGUACAAUAUGGUAUUGUGUGAUAAUAGGUAUCUAUUACUAAUCUAUACUAAUAAAUAAAAUUGGAGUGUCUGUCUGUAAUUUCGAAAUA